GAUCGGAUUCGCUCAUUCUCCUCGGUGGGCGGGAAGAGGUUAAUGGGGAGGCGGUGUGAUUGUUGUACGAUGGAAGCUGUCACUUCGGAUACACUGUCCACAGCGCACAUCAUCCGAGGCCGCAUGGGAUGCCGGGACUUGUAGUUUAGCCGGGUGGUUGGAUUUUGUCAGGACAGGGGGAGCAGUCCGGUCGGUCAGUCGGCGAUGUGAGGGAGAAGAGCGGAGCGUUGUCAUGGCGACCAACAAGUCCGUGCUCAGCCUGGCCACCUUCUCCUUCGGCCUGGCCAUCGGCUUCAUCUUGUGCUACGUCCUCUUCAGUAUCGUCUUCCAGGAGCGGGAGGAGGCGGCGCCCGUCAUCCUUCACAACGACCCGCACGGCGGACACUCCGAUCACCAUCACGGCGAGCCCCUUCCCGGGAACAUCAUGGACUUCAACCAGGACAGCCAGCAGCACCAUGAUGAAGAUGUCCAUGUAUCUGAAGACUUGCACAAGAAGGUGAAAAUCCUCUGCUGGGUGAUGACCGGACCUCAAAACCUGGACAAGAAGACCAAACACGUUAAGGCAACCUGGGCUCAGAGGUGUAAUAAAGUCUUGUAUAUGAGCUCCGAAGAAAACAAAGACUUCCCCACAGUGGGUCUGGACACAAAGGAGGGCCGAGACCAGCUUUAUUGGAAGACCAUCAAGGCCUUCCAGUACGUUCACGACCACCACCUGGACGAGGCCGAUUGGUUCAUGAAAGCCGACGAUGACACGUAUGUCGUGGUGGACAACUUGCGUUGGCUUUUGUCAAAGCAUAAGCCAGAAGACCCCAUUUACUUUGGAAGGAGGUUUAAGCCCUACGUGAAGCAGGGGUACAUGAGUGGGGGGGCUGGGUAUGUGCUCAGCAAAGAAGCCCUGAAGAGGUUCGUGAAUGCCUUCAAGGAAGAAAAAUGUACCCACAGCUCCUCGGUGGAGGAUAUGGCGCUUGGGAAAUGUAUGGAGAACAUUCAUGUCAAAGCGGGAGAUUCCAGAGACACCAGCGGGAAGGAGACCUUCCACCCGUUUGUUCCAGAACACCAUCUUAUCCAGGGCUACUUGCCAAGGACUUUCUGGUAUUGGAAUUACAAUUAUUACCCUGCCAUAGAGGGUCCCGGCUGUUGCUCAGACUUAGCCGUCUCCUUUCACUACGUAGAUGCUACAACAAUGUACCAGCUGGAGUAUCUGGUGCAUCACCUCCGUCCCUACGGCUACAAACACAGAUACGAUCCUGAGACUCAGAGUCCACCCGCGCCGAUCGUAAAAGAGGCAGCCGCCAAGGAAGUGAAGACCGAAUGAAGGACAAAACGCCUUUCCAGGGAAGAUAUAAAGUGCACUGAGGUUUUAUCUGGAAGAGCCGCGUCUGGCCCCGAUCCAACCAAGAGCAUUCCAGUGACUAUCGCGGGUCGUUUUCUAAUUGGACUGACCACACCGAUCUGUGCAAUGUUCCGGAUCCUUUUUUAUCUCAUUGGUGACAUUUCUAAGAUCCAUUUUGGUGAUCAUGUGAAGUGGUUCAUCACAAGAAACUUUUUGGUUGACAAUCAUAUACUUUGUAUAUAUCUUGUACAAAAUAUUCAAUUCAAGUUAAUUUGUUUUCGAA